UGCCAGGGAGAGCCGUUCAGCAGUGAGACCGACAAGCUCUGCAACCCCAGCGGCAUCUUCUUCCCUGCUUUCCGUGUCAACCGGACGAGCGAGAGGAAAGAGGUCAUGGUGGCCAUGUACAAGCUCUUCGCCUUCCUCAACGCCUCUCUGGGGAACAUCACGCGCGACCAGGAGGAGCUCAACCCCACGGCCAAGGAGCUCCUCGACCGGCUCCACAACACCACCAAGACCACCCGCGGCCUCAUCUCCAACCUCACCUGCCUCCUCUGCAAGAACUACAACAUCUUCCAGGUGGACGUCAGCUACGGGGAGAGCUCCAAGGGCAAGGGCACCUUCAAGAAGAAGCAGCAGGGCUGCCAGGUGCUCAGGAAGUACGUGCAGGUCAUCGGCCAGGCGGCCCGCGUCCUCCUACCUCAUCUCAGCCCCCCGUGA